GGCCGAGCGCUCGGAGCUGCUGGCGGCGGCGCUGGCCUCGGUGCUGGGGCUGCCCCCGCCGAGCCCCCCAGGACCCGGGAGCCGCCCCCGGCCCAGGAUUUCCCCCCGGAUCUGCAGGAGGACGCUCUGGGGGCUCUGCAGGAGCUGCUCCAGGAGCUGCUCCGGAGGCGCCGCGGCCCCAACGGCCUCCAGGAGCUCUUUGCCCACUUAGGGCCCUGGAUCCGCUCCCCGCGGGCUCCGGAGCGCCAGCGCGCCCUCGGCCUCGGCCGCGCCCUGCUGGGAAACUUCCUCCAGGAGCUGCGCGUCUGCUCCCUGACCCCGUUCCCGGCCCUGGGCUCCCUCCUGGCCCUGCUGGCCCCGCGCUGCUCCGACCCCGUUCCCCAAAUCCGCCGCCACUCCCUGGAUUGCGUCCUGGCCCUGCUGCGCAUCCAGCUCUGCUACCAAGGAUUUUCUCGGGAUCACCGGGACGAGCUGCUGGAGGGGCUGGAGGCGCUCAAGGAGGGGCUGGAAAAUCCCGAUUUUUCCGUCCUCUUCCACACCUGCAGCACCCUGGGAACGGUUUUGGGCAGGAGGAUCCCCCCGGAGCAGCUGCUGGGGCUGCUGCUGGCGCUGCUGGAGGCCUGGGAGGAUCCCGAGCAGAAUUGCGCCCGCGCCGCCGCCGCCAUCGGCAGCGCCCUCCUCCGCGAGAGGGGGGGAAUCCUCCAGGAGAAGGUUGCGGAGCUGCUGGCGGCGCUGCGGGCGCGGCUGGCGCGGCUGCAGGCGCUGCCGCAGGAGGAGGCGCAGGCGCUGCGGCGCGCGGCGCAGAGCGCGGUGCUGCUGCUGGCCCUGCAGCACCCCCAGGCCGUCGUGGGCUGCCUGCUGGGCAGCCCCCUGCCCUUCGACGGGCCGACGCGGGCGCUGUGGCGGGCGCUGGGCGCGGAGCCGUCGCUGACGCCGCAGGUGCUGGAGCAGCUCGUGUCGCGCCUGGGCCGCGAGGUUCCCUUCACCGAGAGCCGGCCCUUCGUGCCGGGCGGCGCCGCCGAGCGCCUGGCCACGCCGCUGCCCCUGGCCGCCACGUGUGCGCUGGCGGAGCUGAUGGCGGUGCCGGAGGCGGCGGCCGCGGUGCAGGAGCGAUUCCCGCGGCUCUUCCCGGGGCUGCUGCUGCGCCUGGGCUGCGCCCUGGGCGUGCGGCUCCCGAAAUCCCUGCAGGGCCGGGAGCGGGACGGCCUGCAGCCCUGCAGCGGUGCCGUGCAGACGCUGAAGGCGAUGCUGGCGCGGGCCGGGAACGACGACGUCGUGCAGGACGUGGGAAGCGCCGGGGGCUGGGAACUGAUGGAAAUUCCCGAGAGACACCACGACGGAGUCGCCCUCCUGGCCAGGGCCAUGGCGCGGCUCUGCGGGCCCCGGCUGCCGCCGAUCGUCCGGAGCCUCAUCCCGGCGCUGGGAAGCGCCUUGGACUGCCAGAGGGUGACCAGCAGCGCCUUCCUGGCCGAGCUCCUGAACCACAACGUGGUGAACGACCUGGUGCUGCUGGAGCCGCUGCUGGACGCGCUGACGGCUCUGGAGAAGGAUUCCUGCCUCCUGGUGCGCGUCCUGGCGCUCCGCGGGCUCGGCAACGCCGCCGCCGGCUCCCCGGAAAAGAUCCGGAGGCACGGCUCGCAGCUGCUGGCCUCCAUGGUGAACGGCAUGGACGACAAGGACGAUCCCAACAAUCUGCUGGCGCUGGAGGCCAUGUCCAGCCUCUCCAAGAUCCUGGAUCACCUGGAGGAGCGGGACGUGCAAUCCAUGCUGCUCCACGUCGCCAUCCGCAUCCGGCCCUUCUUCGACAGCGAGCACGCGGAGCUGCGGCACUCGUCCAUCCUGCUCUUCGGGAACCUGUCCCGCUUCAGCCGCUCCGACUCCGAGGUGUUCUCGGAGCAGAUCCUCAACGGGCUGGUGACGCUGCUGCUGCACCUGCAGGACCCCCAGCCCCGCGUGGUCAAGGCGUGCAAGUUCGCGCUGCGGAUGUGCGGGCCCAGCCUGGGCUGCCAGGAGCUGCGGGAAAUGUUCGGGAAUCACCUGCGGGAGGAGCGGGGGCUGCACUACGGCGAGUUCAUCAACGACGUCUGCAAGUUCCUGAUGCGCAGCCACCCGGCGCUGCUGAGCCGCCUCAUCUCCACCAACCUCUUCUACUUCAAGAGCCCCUGGCGGGAGCUGCGGGCGGCGGCGGCCAUGUUCGUCGGGUUCCUGGUGCUGCACAUGGACGAGGAGCAGGGCCAGCAGGUGGACCUGGACCAGCUCAUCUCCGCCCUGAAGCCGCUGCUGAAGGAUCCCGUUCCGGCCGUGCGGGUCAAGGUGGCCGAGACCCUGGGACGCCUCGUCCGCCUCCUCUGAAUCCCAGAAUUCCCAAAAUUCCCGGGAAUUCCAGCUCCGAGACCCUGGGAUGCCUCAUCUGCCUCCUGUCAAUCCUGAAAUUCCUGGGAAUUCCCAGCUCUGAGACCCUGGGAUGCCUUGCCCGCCUCCUCUGAAU